AUGAGCUUGUUAGAAGCCAGUAACAAAAGCCAAUUGGAAUGGCUCGCCGGCCUACAAAUCCCGCCCAGGGCGCCCCACCAGCUGAAUGCCAGCAAUCUCAGAAAGACGGCGAUCAUCGGUACGAUUGGUCCGAAGACUAAUUCGCCUGAAAUGAUCAACAAGCUCAGAGCACAGGGACUGAACAUUGUUCGAAUGAACUUCUCCCAUGGCUCUUAUGAGUAUCAUCAAAGUGUCAUCGACAACGCUCGCGCCGCCGAAGCAGCUGAACCGGGGCGGCCGCUGGCCAUCGCACUGGACACUAAAGGACCCGAGAUCCGAACCGGAUUAAUGGCCGAUGGUCUUGAUAUCAAAAUCAAAGCUGGUCAUCGGAUGAGGAUGUCCGUGGACCCAGCCUACGCUGAAAAAUGUGACGACAAGGUCAUGUAUGUCGACUACACUAACUUGCCCAAGAUCAUCUCAACCGACAAGCCAAUCUACGUCGACGAUGGUAUCUUGAGUUUCAAGGUGUUGGAAAAAGACCCCAACGGUUCUUUUAUCGAGGUUGAAGCGGUUAACGAUGGUGUCUUAUCAUCAAAGAAGGGUGUCAAUCUACCCGGUACCGACGUCGAUCUACCAGCCCUGUCCCAGAAAGACAAGGAUGACUUGCGGUUUGGUGUCAAGAACGGCGUGGAUAUGAUCUUUGCCUCCUUCAUUCGUCGAGCUCAAGACGUCCGCGACAUCCGUGAGACCCUUGGUCCGGAUGGCCAGAGCAUCAAGAUCAUCGUUAAGAUCGAAAACUUGCAAGGCUGCGCUAACUUCGAUGAAAUCUUGGCUGAAACUGACGGCGUCAUGGUCGCCCGUGGUGAUCUUGGAAUCGAAAUUCCUGCCAGUCAAGUAUUCAUGGCCCAGAAGAUGAUGAUUGCCAAGUGCAACCUUGCCGGAAAACCUUGCAUCUGCGCCACUCAAAUGUUGGAAUCCAUGACUUACAACCCUCGUCCAACUCGAGCCGAAGUGUCCGAUGUUGCAAACGCGGUUCUCGAUGGUGCGGAUUGUGUGAUGUUAUCAGGAGAAACCGCCAAGGGAUCAUACCCCGAGCUGGCCGUCGCCAUGAUGGCCGAAACCUGCUUCUUGGCCGAAUCCUCGAUCUGCUAUCCCCCCUUGUUCAACGAGCUCCGCAUGCUCCAACCCAAGCCAACCUCUACCACUGAGACUGUAGCCAUGGCUGCCGUCGCUGCAGCCCUCGAGCAGAACGCAGGAGCCAUCAUCGUUAUGUCCACUUCGGGAAGCACGGCCCGAUUGGUCUCCAAAUACCGCCCAGCAUGCCCGAUCCUUACCCUGACUCGAAAUGCCCAGACUGCCCGUCAGAUCCACUUACAUCGUGGAUGUUAUCCUUUCUACUUUGCUUCGCCACGCCCUACCAACGCUGCUGGAUGGCAAGCAGAUGUCGACAACCGGAUCAAAUUCGGGCUUUCUCGUGCUCUUGAGCUUGGCAUCGUCAAACAAGGCGAUACCGUUGUUGCCGUCCAAGGAUGGAGAUCGGGCAGUACCCACACCAAUACCAUGAGGGUUGUAACCGUACCGUUGAACCCAGCCGACUUAGUCUUAUCCCCUGUGUUGUAA